UGCACACGGCGUAGUCGAGGGUCAGGUAACGCGCGUCUCGUUGUCGUCCACGGUCAGGCCGUGUGCACCGUUGUCGUAGCCGUCGGCAUAUCAGGGAAUUCGUGUCGUAGGCCGGUUGGUCCGACAUCAGUCAGUUAGUCAGUUAGUCAGUCAGUCGGUCAGUAGGUCAGCGGUUGACGCCGUAUUGCUGUUGGCAUGGCGUCGCAGUAUGAGGUGCCCCGCGAGGCCAGAGGGCCCGCGCUGGCCGCGGCCGGUGUCCGGCCCCGCGUCGACCCCGAGGCGCUCGGCGAAGUGGACCCGGAACACUAUCCGCAGCCCAAGGACUCGACCAACAGGAUACGAGGAAAGUCGGACCUCAUCGAACUGAUAUUCGGGUCCGUCGAUCAAGAGCUCCUGACCGUCAAGACGUUCUACUUCUUUUUUUACUCGGCGUUCGGGUCCCUGUUCCCGCUGAUGGGUGUCUACUUCAAACAGAUGGGCAUGAAUCCUAGCCAGUGCGGUCUGCUCAUCGGGUCCCGGCCGUUCGUAGAGUUCCUAGCCGCCCCGUUCUGGGGAGGUUUGGCUGACAGAUGGCGCAAGGGAAAAAUGUUGUUAUUGGCUUCGCUUUCGUGUUGGAUUAUUUUUACGCUACCGUUGGGUUUCAUACAGCCACCGGCCACAAGAUGUAUUGUGAAAAAAAACGCGUCCACUUAUAUGUUGGAAACGCCUAUGGCUCCAAAAGUGUACAAGCGGGACGUGUCUUCGGUGACGGAUUUCAUUAAAUACGACCAAGACAUCAACGACUUUGAAGUUCCGGACUUGUCCACGCCCGUGAUACGCCGAACUCGUGGCGUGCGACCGAGGUUUACGGCCGGUCGGUCCCCAUUGGACGUGAAGUUCGCCUCCAACUACAACGAGAAACAGCACUACAACUUGGUCAUGCCUAUUUACAGUCACAUCGUGUACACGAUAGAAGAUAUCGAAAAAGUCUUUUUUCUGCUAUUGCUCCUGGUCAUGAUAGGAGAGUUCUUCAGCGCUCCAGCCAUCACGUUGGCUGACUCGGCAGUUAUCACACUGUUGGGCACGGAUGCCGAUAAAUACGGACACCAGAGAAUGUUUGGCUCAUUGGGUUGGGGUUUGGCCAUGUUUUUCGUGGGAAUAGCACUAGACCAUUCGACCGCGUUUCCGGAUCACCCGUGCGACGGGCCACAGGACCGUGAAAAGAACUACACUAUUUGCUUUGCUACGUUCUCUGUGCUCAUGGGCGCCGCCCUGAUCACUGCCACGCAGAUGAACUUCCGAUACGAUGACACGACGGUUGAAACAGAACAAACGGUAAUGAUGAUGGAGAAGGGAGCGGCUCCGACCCGGGACGAUUAUCUCCAACAGGAGUUGGCGCAACAGUUGAACCUCCCGUCCUUAGCACCUAACGUCGCGGGUUUGCCACCCAGACCACCCGAUCUGCCGGAAGGUGGUGGCGGAGAGUCGAGCUUAAAAACUAAAAUCUUCGCUCAAACAACGAAAAAAAUUCCAGAAUGGAUUACGGUAUUGAAAUAUUUCGCCAACUUGAAGUGCGGAUCUUUUUUGUUUGUAUCGUGGUUCAUGGGAUUCGGCAUUGGAUUGAUAUUCACGUUCCUGUUUUGGCACUUGCAAGAUUAUGGCGGAUCUCCGACGCUUUUCGGUGUGGCUUCAGUUAUCAAUCAUAUUUCUGAGAUAUUUGCGUACUUCUUCAGUUUCAAACUCAUUCGCCAGAUGGGGCACGUUAAAGUGUUGUGUCUGGGACUCGUCGGCAACAUAUUGCGUUUCUUGUACAUCUCUUGGUUGAAAAACCCAUGGUGGGUAUUACCGUUUGAGUUCAUGCAAGGUAUAACCCAUGCAGCCGUCUGGGCCGCUUGCUGUUCGUAUAUAGCACACAAUACACCACAACAGUUGCGAAGCUCGGCUCAAGGCGUGUUGCAAGGCAUCCAUCAUGGAUUGGGCAGAGGGUGUGGAGCGGUUAUCGGUGGAUGGUUUGUCACGUACUUUGGAACAACGACUACGUUUAGAGGAUAUGGAUUCGUUUGCGCUCUCGUCUUAGGGGCGUUUAUUUUUAUUAAUUUCUACAGGAAGGACACUGGGUUUGUGUCGGAAUUACCUGUUGCCGAAGAUCCACAUCAGGUGGCUGAAGAAACAGCUCAUUUAGCACCACAUGGCGUACCUAGUAAUCCUUUGCCGAGAGGCUUGUCGAGUAAUAAACUACAAGAUCUGGCAACUGAAAACCAUGGUUAUGGUGCUACACACACAUCUGGCAGUAACUUAAAUAUUCCACAAGGCGCGACAAAUCCAUUCCGACAAAAUAACGGCUACAAACAGCCCAUUAAUCAUGGAACCUCGUACACGGACGAGUGUAUACAAAAACAAUAUACGAUGUGUAAUGACUUACAGAAACAUUCGAUAACUUCAGAAUUGAUGAGUCCAGAACCACUGAAAAGGAACUCGCCAUUAUAUCAAUGGUAAUCGUGAUUCAGAUGUACGCGAUUCUUCUCCAUUUGUUCUUCUGGCGUACCGUCAGAGAAUCGUUUUUUCUUAAUAAUGUUAUUGACGCGAGAAGCAACGUGGCGUUGUUUUUUUCCUGUUUUUAGUACCUAACCUAUGAGUAAUAAAACAAGUUUGUUAUUUUAUGACUUUUGAGACUUAGCAAUAAUAAUAAUAAUAAUAAUAAUAAUAAAAAUAAUAAUAUUAACUAAAAAUAUAAAAUACACAUUAAUACAUUUUUACUUAAACCUAUAUAAACGUAGCAAACAUAUUAUUAUUGUCUUAAGCAAUUUUUAUUUUUAUUUUUUUUUUUUAUUCCUACAAAUACCAAGCCUAAAUAUUGUUGACGAAAGUAAUGUUAUUUACGUAUGGCGGGAGAUUGCGCAUAAAAAUUCCUGAUACCAAAAAUGGAAACUAUGUUAUUGAAGUAUGCUUUUGUGAUAAGGUUAAUUUGUUCAAUGUUGUGUUAAAAAUAUUAUUAUUAUUAUAAUUUGCACGAAUUUAAUUAUAUCAUAUCAAAAUGAAGUUUGCACGUUUUAUUUUGAAUAAUUUAAAAUUGUUAUAACACGGGAAAUUCGACUUAUAUAAAGGAAUAAUUAAUUAGUGUACGGAAAUACUAUAAUAUUAUGAUACGAUUUACGAUGAUUUUCGAUAAUGGACUUAGUAAAAUAUAAUGACAGUGACCGUAACUGAAAUAAUGAUAAUAAUAAAUUUAAAUAAAAUUACAA